CAAAUAGACCCACGACUUAACAACCCUAGCACUUGCGACGGCCCAGAGCGUUGACUUAUACUCGAUUUUUUUAUACGCCAAAUACAGCUUCUUGUUACACUUCAACCUUUGUCGACCAUCGCGCUCUGUUGUCUACUACUAUAGAGGAGCGGAACAAGGCUGUGCUGAGGAGACAGCUUAGUAGUAUAUCAAGCGCUAGCUUCUGGAGAAUUCGCGGUAUCCUACGUUGGUAAGGGGGAAAACGUUGAGCCUCGAGUCGCAAACAUGGCAUACAAUGACGGAUAUCAAGAUCAGCAGCGCCCUUACGCAGGGCCGGCAGCACGAGUACCUCGAGGCCCCCCCAGGGAUGCAUAUCCACCACAACAGCAGCAAUACAACCAAUACCAAGAUGACUACGAUUACGGAUACGAUGGAUAUGACAACGGCUAUCAGCAGGACUAUGGUCCGCCGCCUCAAGAGAUGAAUUAUGGUAGACGGCCACCGCCGCCCAAUCAAGGCUAUCCUCCGCAAGAUAUGUAUGGUCCUCCCGGUAGAGGCGGUCGCCCUCCCCCACCCGGCGCUGGUGGAAGAGGAGGCCCGAUGCGUGGGCCUCCAUUUCCGCGUGGUGGUGGCCCUGGAGGUCCCGGAGGUCCCGGAGGUCCCGGCGGCAGAGGUUACCCGCCUCCUGGGCGAGGUGGCCGACCAGGGCCUCCAGGCCGCACUGGUUCUUUAGAUCAGAACGAUCGUUACGGCCCGAACGUUGCAAGCCCGAACGAGCAAGAUUUCGGUAGCCCAUUCCCAGUAUUUCCAGGACAUAACAGAAGAACGGAUCUUGACGAAGAGAAUGAUGUCCUAAACCGAAUGGGUGGGAUGGAUUUGAACGGAGGGAGGCCGGGCAUGCCUCCUAAAAGUACUUCAGGGCCAGCGAGAGGACCUGGUCCUAUGCCGGGACCUAGGCGAGCGCCAACAAUGGAUGAUUAUGGACGCCCAUCUAUGGAUAGUCAAAGGGGAGGGAGGGGACCGCCUCCACAAGGAUAUCCAGAUCCAAGACGAGGUCCACCAGGUGAUCAAGGCUAUGGCUAUCCAGAUGAUGGCUACGGUCCCCCGAUGUCUCCUUCUAGGGAUGAAGGAUUUGGACCGCCUGGAAGGAGUAUGACGAUGCCGGCAAAUAAUGAUUAUAUGAGAAACGCUAUGCCGCCACCGCCUCAACGUAUGGAUAGCGCACCUUAUAACGGCCCUCCUGGGCGCAAUUACCCUCCUCCUCGACCUUCGACCGCUUCAGGAAACAGACCGCCACCCCAGAGGAUGUAUCCCGAACAAGGCCCCCCAGGACCUGCCGGGCCUCCAGGACCUCCGGGACCGUACGAGAAUGGGUCAUUGCAGCCCCCAGGAUGGAACGAGCAACCAGAUCGAGGUUCUUUUGGCGAAUUUUAUGAUUCAUACUACGACCAGAGGGUAAGCGGAGAACAAUAUCCAGGCCCUCCAGGUCCUCCUGGUCCGCAUGGUCCGCCUGGUCCUCAUGGUCCGCCUGGUCCACAUGGAAAUCAAUACCACGAGGAAAUCCCGGAUUUCGAUGCGGUUCCUUCACAGAAUCCACGGGAAUCGUUCGACCAGCAUAUACGUCCUACCCAACCCGGGAUGCACCAGCCCGGACCUGCGCGCCAGCCCGAGGUGUCCAGGGCCAAGUCGCAACCAAACUUGCGCGAACCUCAAGCUGCUGUCUUCGAAAUGGUUGGUGAUAUGCCGCCGGUACCGCCGGGUGGAUUCCAAGCAUAUAAGCCCCCGGGUGCCGGCCCAGGUCUUCCCAGCACCCCCAACGCUCCGAGACGUAGUUCUCAAGGAACCCCCCAAGGCGGACCAGGCUCUGGACAUCCAGCACCCAUUAGGCCUGGGUUGAUGCCGAAUUCCAUGGUGAAUUUAAACGAAAAGCCUGCCCCGGUUCGUAACUACAGCGCCGAUACGCCACCUGCUAUUGCCGGACCUCAAGGUAGGCUUCCUCCACCCCCGCAAAAUGGGCGACCGGCCUCCGUUGCCGAAAAGACCCCGGUCACACCCGAGGAGCUGGAACGCCUACGAACCAUUAUUAAGAGUGAUCCGAACGAUCAGCAAUCUGCUCUCACCCUAGCGAAGAAACUCGUCGAAGCGGCGGAUGUCUUAGUUCCUAGGCUCCCUGACCAGAAAGCAAGGGCUAGAUCUCGUGAACGUUACGUGAUGGAUGCGCAUAAAAUCUUAAAGAAACUUGCCAGUGCUCAAAAUCCGGAUGCUAUGUUCUUUUUUGCGGAUUGCAUAGGCCGUGGCAUGUUUGGCGAUUCAGAUCAUAAGGAAGCGUUCACGCUAUACCAAUCUGCGGCGAAAUUGGGAAAUGCCGCGGCAGCUUAUCGGACAGCCGUCUGCUGCGAGCUCGGCAAUGAUGAAGGAGGUGGCACAAGGAAAGACCCGCUGAAAGCGAUCCAGUGGUAUAAGCGCGCUGCGACGCUCGGGGAUACUCCCGCGAUGUAUAAGGUUGGAAUGAUCAUGCUAAAGGGACUGCUUGGUCAGCCUAAGAACCCGAGGGAGGCUGUUGGAUGGCUGAAGCGAGCAGCAGAGCGCGCAGAUCCGGAGAAUCCUCAUGCACUACACGAAUUAGGGUUGUUGUAUGAGUCGGCGCAACCGAAUGAUGCAAUCGUACGCGACGAAGCAUAUGCCCUGCAGCUGUUCGAACAGGCUGCUCAGCUCGGGUAUAAGUUCAGCCAGUUUAGGAUGGGAUGUGCCUAUGAAUAUGGCCUAAUGGGAUGUCCUGUCGAUCCACGAUUGUCUAUCAUGUGGUACAGCCGAGCUGCCACGCAAGAGGAACACCAAUCUGAACUGGCUCUCAGCGGAUGGUAUCUAACAGGGAGCGAGGGUGUUUUGCAGCAAAGUGAUACUGAAGCGUACUUAUGGGCUAGAAAAGCAGCCCAGGCUGGAUUGGCAAAAGCAGAGUACGCAAUGGGCUAUUUCACCGAGGUUGGCAUCGGCGUGCCUGCAAAUCUCGAGGAUGCCAAACGAUGGUACUGGAGAGCAGCAAGCCAGGAUUUCCCCAAGGCUCGUGAGCGCCUAGAAGAUCUAAAACGAUCUGGCAGGAGCGGACCUCGUCAACGCGAACGCAUCUCCCGAAGCAAAAUCGGCAAACAGCAAGAGGGCGAGUGUUCCGUGAUGUAGAACACCCGGAUCACCACUACACCGCCCGCAAUUGACGAAAGCGGUGACGAACAACAGUUCCCGUCCAGAACCUCAUCCCUUCCGAGCUUAAGGCGACCUCAACGGACCUUGAGAGUGAUCAAUAAACCAUCUCUUGAAGACCCAUUCAUUGACGGAGUGGAUGAGCCUGCGGAGGCUAGUAAUCAGCAAUGUGCUAAAGAAUAAAUCACCUUUUGUAUCCAGAAACCGGCAUAUAGAGUG